AUGAUCACCACCGCCCCGAGGUUGCGCAUUCGCCGCCCCUCACCCACGGCGGCCGAGUUCACGGUCACGACGCUGCCGCCGUCCACGCUCUCCCUCCGGCUCGGACGACUGAUCCUGCUGGUGCUGCGAAUCGUCCUCGCCGCCGCGACGGUCCUCCUGCUGCACGCACGUUGGGUCGGCAGCACGCUCGCGGGGCCUCGUUCGCGUCCCAGCACGCCGCCGCCGCCGGCGCUCUCGCUCUCGGCCGCUCUUUGGUGCGCGCUCGACGCCUGGGAGCGGUCGCCGACGGGCCUGCUCUUCGCCGCCGCCGCGGCGCGCGUGCCGCUCCCCGUGCUGCUCUCCGCCGGCGCCGCCGUCUUCUACCUCGUCGGCCUACGCGUGCACAAGUACGAAUCCCUCCUCGUCCUGCGCGGGCUCGGCGUCCAGACGACGGAGUCGCCCUCGACGUACUUUGCGCGCGCUGCGACCCGCUUCAUCCCGACCGAGAAGAUACAGGACAUCUUUGUCAACGAGGCCUUUCGCGGCUUCGAGGUGCGCUACUACCUCGUCGUCGUCGUCGAGGGCGAGGAGAACGUCGUCGUCGUCUUCCCCAGCCUCCUGCCGCGGAGGAAGAUUGUCGAGACGGUGUGGAGGGGCGCGAGAGAGUGCCUGUACGAGGGGCGCGGGGAAGAAAAGGGACAGGCGGCCCACGCGUAG